CUAGUUAUUUCCUGAAGCAGUAAUGCAACGUUUUGUGCCCCGGAAGUGUUUCUCUUCACUCAACGAGGUCGAAAUGGCGGCUCGCUGCAUGUGAAUGGGGUCGAAUUGGAAGCCGGUUUUAUUUUUCUGCAGCAUGUAUAAAACGCCAUGUAGGAAACUGUCAGGGUUGGUUGGUUUAAGUGUGAAACAGAAAUUAGUGCAAAAUGUUACUCGGUGUAACCAGACUGCUCAGAGCCUUAAUCACCUGCACAGAAUUGAGCCAUCAAGCUGGCUGACAUACCAGCAUCUCAGCUUCCUUAAGCGCCAGUAUGUAGCAAAGAGCAGCUGUGAGCUUCACCAACAUGCUGCCCCAAAACAGGCACUUGUCCUGACUAUUGUCGAUGAGAGGGAUGACAGAGUUGAAAGGCGGGAGCAUAGAAUACCGACUAUUGAUCCAGUGGUCACAGACGUGGAGGCACAGCCUAAAAUUUCCAACUUGGACCCCACUACAGAAGAUGUGGCAGUACAGAAAGCUUCUAUAUCCAGUACGGUUAUGACUUCAGAUGAGACUCCACCUCUCCAGGUGGAGAUGGAUGAGAUGACAGAGUCACAUAAAGAAAGACAGUGGAAGCAGCUGAAGCUUGAUGUGUCUGACUUGGGGGAUAUCUAUGCCAGACUUGCCAAAAUCAGGCUUACAGCAUUGGUGGUUGCAACUGCAGCAGCUGGCUACGCAGUGGCUCCUGUUCCCUUUGACCCAGUUGUCUUCUUCAUGUCUUCUCUGGGAACGGGCCUUGCCUCUUGUGCUGCCAAUUCAAUAAACCAGUACUUUGAGGUGCCCUUCGACUCCAACAUGAACCGUACCAAGAACCGUCCACUUGUCAGAGGACAGAUCAGUCCCCUCCAUGCAGUGUCCUUUGCUCUGGCCUGUGGAGCUUCUGGAGUCACUCUGCUCACGCUGGCAGUAAACCCUUUGACGGGUUUCCUGGGUGCCUUCAACAUCUUCCUCUACACCUGCUGCUACACACCACUCAAGCGCCUCAGCAUCACCAACACCUGGGUGGGGGCUGUGGUGGGUGCAAUACCUCCUGUCAUGGGCUGGACGGCUGCCACAGGUUGUCUGGAGCCAGGGGCUUUGCUGCUGGCCGGUUUCCUGUACAGCUGGCAGUUUCCUCACUUCAACGCCCUCAGCUGGAACUUGAGGGAAGACUACUCCCGUGGUGGUUACCGCAUGAUGUCCGUCACCCACCCCGGCAUGUGCAGGCGGGUGGCUCUGCGCCACAGCCUGGGUCUGAUUGGCCUGUCAGUCUUAGCGCCCAUGGUGGACGUCACCACCUGGACCUUCCCUGCCAUCUCUCUGCCCAUCAACCUGUAUAUCAGCUACCUGGCCUUCCGCUUCUACCGCAAGGCAGACCGCAGCAGUGCCCGCAAGCUGUUCUUCUGCAGCCUAUGGCACCUACCCAUGCUGCUGCUGCUGGUGCUCACCUGUAAGAAGCCUCACAGAGAUCAGGAGGAUGCAGCUCAUCCUCCGGCAGCUUUACCCCUCACACUGUAGUACUGAUGAGCUCCAUAAAUGCCCCGACAUCUCUAAGACCUCUGAGACCCUCCCACAGUGUGUCCCUUAACCACUGUGGACACCUUAUGUGAGCUGUGUGUUAAAACCAGUGGUGCUCAGGAAAUGAGCCGAGUUACAGAAAACACAACACAGGGAAUUAAUUGUCCAGUUAUAAUCAGGUGUGUGUGAGAGAGAGAGAGAGAGUGUGUGUGUGUGUGUGUGUGUGUGUGUGUGUGUGUGUGUGUGUGUGUGUGCGCGUGUGUACUUUAAAUAGGCUGUAUUUAUUUACAGGAGCCCAAAAGGUUCUUUCCAUGUUGUACAUAACCUCAUACAGUGUAAAUUUGCUCCUAUGGAUUCACACAGGGAUCAGUGUGUGCAGAUUACACAAUGCAUUGUACAAAUGCAAAUUAAAAGCCUGACAUGAAGACCUCAAGUCAUGAGAAGAUUUACUGUAUAUUUGGUUUUCACUCUGUGCCUGAAAACAGGACAAACUUUUUCUGAAGCGGGUACAGCAGUGCACUUGUCAUUCACUUUAUCUCUGUUGUUUGACAGGUCAGACACCUUUCUGUAUUUGGCUACUCAGCAAAUGCACUGAUGACUUUUUCAUUUACAUAAUGCUUUAAUGAUUUGUCUGCACCAAAACAAAGGAAAUGACCACUGUAGGAGAUAUGAGGAUAAACGCUCCCAAACAAUAAACAUGUCAU